UCUCCAUUUAACAGCAAAUAGAAAUAGUGUCUAUGGAAGAAGAAAAAAAAGUAAAUGAAGAAGCUAUGAAUUCGAGAUAUCCCAGAAAGCUUAACUUCAAUGCACCACUGUUGUCGACAAGGCGUAUUGGUGGUAAUUACACGGGCGAAGAAGGUGUGUUUCAGACUGCAAGUGAUCAUAGGAUUCCAUUUUCAUGGGAGCAAGCUCCAGGCAAGCCCAAGGACUCGGAGAGAGGUGACAUCCAUGGUGGGGAUGAGACACCUCGUCCGAGGCUCCCACCAUGUCGUUGGCAUCCAUCCAUAGAUGCAACAAACAAUCAUCAUGACGAUCAUGAUCAAGCAGUUAUUAAUGAUCAUCAUCAUGAUGAUGGUUGUGAUGGUGAUGGUGAUGUUGAUGUUGAUGAUGAAGAAAACGACGAUGCCGCUUUCUCAGACGCCAUGGACGUGUUCUCCUUGUCAGAGGCAAUAGACAUUGUGACAAAAGCAGAGAAAGUUGACGAGUCGUCGUUCAAUGGUUUGAAGUUAAAGCUUGCAGAGUGUAGAGGCAAUGAGUCGCCAAAUUUCAUAAUCAAGCGCUUUCUUCCCGACGCCACUGCAUUGGCUGAAUCAUCUGCUUUAAGCUUCUCCAAGAGUUUCAACAAGAAAUUUCCUAAGCCGUGCGAUUACCCUGAAGCUUGUGGGCAGUCGAGUGCUUCACCAAAGGGCUGUGGCCUCGAAAUUCUCUUCCCUUGGCGCAUGAAGCACAAGCUUUGUGGCAUAAAGAGUCCCAUCCGGCAAGACUCUCUAAAUGUGCAACCUCAAUGGAGGGCAAAACAAAAGAAACAAUAUUGUUCAUUCGCUAAUGUCUUUAGCAAUGUAGAUAAAGAUACCAGAGACUAAUGAAGUUCUUUUUGCCAGUUU